AUAUAAAUAAAUAAAAAAUAUCGUAAUGUUUGAAGAUAUGUGAGCUGUUUAAAGCGGCGGUGGAGCCAUUAACAAUGUCUGAAGCUGCUGUUGAGGAAAUCUCCGCUUUAUCGUCGAUUUACUGCGGAGAGGGGGAGUUCCUGCUCCUCCAGCAGUCUGUUGAUUGAGUAGCACCGCUGGGCAUGUUACAGGUCAGGCCUUUACAAUGCAACUGCCCCAACUCCCACACAAAGUACACACAGCUCGCUGAAACGCAAGCUAAAGUUUCCCAGUUCUGAUGGUCGCCUUCCACCGGCUGCUCCCACUUAUUUCCCUGUUCUUGUAGCUCAGGAUGGGCUCAUGGUCCAAAUCAACUGCACCAUUGGAGGAGACAGAGGGCUGGACAUCGGCCUGUUGUUCCAACUCCACCCCCGUUACCCUUCCUGUCCCCCUGACAUCUCUGUCUCCUCCACCGGUCUCUCCAGGACUCAGUGUUCCAACAUCAGACAGAGGCUGCUGGAUCACGCUGCGGCCUUACCACCAGAGCCAAUGGUUCAUCAGCUGGUGGAGUGCUUACAGCAGUGUGUGGAGGUGACAGAGUACUGCAGAGGAGGACAGGAGGAGGUACAAGGGAGAGAAAAAGAGGAGACGUUGACUGCAGUGCUGUUGUUGGACCACAUCCGAUCUCAAAACCGUUACAUUGGACUGCUGAAGCGCUGGACCCAGCAGCUGCAGCUCACUGGGAGGUUAUUACUUGGACGAAGUAUACUGGUCAUUGUGCAGGGAGAAAGACCCAACAUCAAGGAGUUCUGUCGUCUUUUAAAGACAGUGAAGGUGGACGUGGAUUCUUCAGGCAAGAAAUGCAAAGAGAGGAUGAUGAAGGUUCUUAUCGAAACCACUUUGUCUUCCUCCUGUGGAAAUGGUCUCCAGGGUUUCGUGGUGAAGAACUAUCAGUCGUUACCAGAGCUGACCGCAGCCUUCCAGGAAAUCAACAUGACUAUGCUCUACCAGCAGAUACGGCCAUCAUUAAGUGACUGACAGGUUACCACGAUGACAGAAUCUUAAAUGAGAAGAUCCAUGACGAGCCUCCUCAAAACACUCACUGUGCUGUAGCAUUGGCUCAACAGCACACACAAUGGGACGGAUGAUGUCUUCUGAGAAAGGUUUUUAUCUACUGUAAAUUUGCUGUGUUACUGUUUAUUUGCAUCAUACUCUUGCAAAUACUCAAGUCUUGAUUUGAGAAUUGAUACUAGGGCAUCUAGGCCUGACCCCUAAUAGUCAUCUAAACCGUUAGUCGAUGAGAAGAGUCUGAAUCAACCCAUUUCAUUAGUCAGAUGGUCACAGAAAAACAAAAACAACAUUAAAUUGUGUUCUGGAGCUGCACCUUGUUACCGGGCUAGGACAUCAGGGUAAGCCAAUCAGAUAUUGCUAAAUGUACUAGUGGCAUUAGGUAGUUAGUGGUCCUAUUAGCUGACUCUGCCAGCAGGGCGGACAGGCAAUGGAUCCUCUGAAACCAGCAGAGGCUGCGUGAUUUUACAGUGGAACCGACCAGGACUCUCUCUGGGGAUGAUGAAGACACAGCGGGCUCAGAUGGUGAAAUGGGAGAGGAACGAGUUUGUAGCAAUUGAUUUGUAAGUAACAUUAUACGUCAUGCACUGUAUCGAUAACCAGUAUGUGUUUUUGUGAAGUUGGAAGGUAUUUAUUGUGUUUUGAACAAGACUUUUGUGAUGUUAUACUGUAAUAAAAUAAAUUCAUUAAAUGUUCA